GCAUGCACAGCAAUGACCGUCAUCUUCGCUCGCGGAACAACAGAGCCAGGAAAUGUAGGCAUUCUCGCCGGUCCGCCAUUCUUCAGCGCUCUCGAAGCAAUGGUAGGAGCUAGUGCCGUAACGGUACAAGGCGUUGACUACCCUGCCGAUAUCCCAGGCUUCUUGGUCGGAGGAAGUCCUCAAGGUAGUCAGACUAUGGCAGACAUGAUAACCAAAGCUCUAAGCGACUGUCCCAGCACAAAGGUCGUUAUGUCUGGUUAUUCUCAGGGCGGUCAACUGGUACACAACGCUGCGAAGUUGCUUCCUGCCAGCACAAUGGCUAAAGUGAACUCGGUCGUCAUCUUCGGUGACCCAGAUGACGGAGAGGCCGUCCAAGGCGCAUCGGCUGCUAAGACCAAAGUCAUCUGCCACACCGGAGACGACAUUUGCCUCCACGGCGACCUCGUCCUGGCGCCCCAUCUCACGUAUUCGGAAAACGCUGGCGAAGCAGCGAGUUUCGUUGCCGCCGUCGCGGAUCUGGCUGUUGGGAAUUGAAGAAUAGAGUUUGAGGCGUUUUUUUAAUGGAGUCCUGGUG